UCCACACUCCGGCUCCGCCUCUAUCUCCACACCCAAGCCAGUCCCUUAGCCCCGCCUCCACGUCUCGGUCCCAACUCCACAUCCUGGUUCCCAUCUGUACCUUCCACGCAUCCUGGAGCUGCACGCUUGGCCCCGCCCUGAGCCCUGAGCCCUGCCUCCCGGCCCUGGCCCCGCUUCCCAGGCCUGCACCGCGCCUCUCUGCCCAGGCCCAGACCCAAGGCCAAGCCCAAGCCCCAGUCCCUCCUCCACACCUGAGUCCGAGCCCGGCGUCCCAGAUCCGGACCCGCCUGCCUGGGGCGGAGCUGCACCGGGUGCGGGCCAGGGGCGUGGCAGGCUUCUCAGAGCACCAGGUGCGGCUUCUGGGUCAAGAUGGCCGCCUCCGGCAGCGCCGGCGCCGGGGCCGGGCUCCUGCCGUGCCGCCGCCGCUGCCUUCCCGCCGGGGCCUCGCUACUGCGCGUCGCCCUCUGCCUCCUGUGCUGGGCCCCGGCGGCUGUGCGCGCCGUUCCCGAGCUCGGGGUCUGGUUAGAGACAGUCAACGACAAAUCAGGACCUUUGAUAUUUAGGAAAACUAUGUUUAGCUCUACAGAUAUCAAGUUUUCUGUUAAGUCAUUCCAUUGUUCUCCGCCUGUGAAGUUUACCAUAAUGUGGCAUUUGAAGUAUCAUACCUGUCACAAUGAGUAUUCUAAUCUGGAAGAGCUGUCCCAAAAACAUGAACUUCGUGUUGAUGAAGACUUUUGUGAUCAUUAUUUCAAGAAUGUCAACUGUUGGACAACAAAGAAUGAAAACUUAGAUUGCAACAGUGAUUCACAGGUGUUUCCCUCUUUGAAUAAUAAAGAACUAAUAGAUAUCAGAAAUGUUUCAAACCAGGAAAGAUCAAUGGAUGUGGUGGCCAGAACACAAAAAGAUGGGUUUCAUAUCUUUAUUGUUUCCAUUAAAACAGAGAAUACAGAUGCAAGCUGGAAUUUGAAUGUUUCUCUUUCUAUGAUUGGGCCUCAUGGAUAUAUCUCUGCAUCAGAUUGGCCCCUAAUGAUUUUUUACAUGGUGAUGUGUAUUGUUUACAUAUUAUAUGGCAUACUCUGGCUGAUGUGGUCUGCCUGUUAUUGGAAAGAUAUAUUAAGAAUACAGUUCUGGAUUGCAGCUGUUAUUUUCCUAGGAAUGCUUGAAAAAGCAGUUUUUUAUAGUGAAUACCAAAACAUCAACAGCACUGGACUGUCAACCCAAGGUUUAUUGAUAUUUGCGGAGUUGAUUUCUGCAAUUAAGAGGACGUUGGCUCGCCUCCUUGUGAUCAUUGUGAGCCUGGGCUAUGGCAUUGUGAAGCCUCGUUUAGGAACAGUCAUGCACCGGGUGAUUGGACUGGGGCUUCUUUACUUAAUCUUUGCAGCUGUUGAAGGCGUGAUGAGAGUCAUUGGGGGUUCUAACCAUUUAGCUGUUGUUGUUGGUGACAUUAUUUUAGCAGUUAUUGACUCCAUUUUUGUGUGGUUCAUUUUUAUAAGUUUGGCACAAACUAUGAAGACUCUAAGGCUAAGAAAGAACACUGUGAAAUUUUCAUUAUAUAGGCACUUUACAAAUACUCUGAUCUUUGCCGUGCUGGCUUCUGUAGUAUUUAUGGUGUGGACAACCAAGACAUUUAGAAUUGCAAAAUGCCAAUCAGAUUGGAUGGAACGUUGGGUUGACGAUGCGUUUUGGAGCUUCCUUUUUUCACUUAUCCUUAUUGUAAUCAUGUUUUUGUGGAGACCAUCAGCAAACAAUCAGAGAUAUGCCUUCAUGCCUUUAAUAGAUGAUUCCGAUGAUGAAAUUGAGGAAUUCAUGGUAACUUCUGAAAAUUUAACCGAAGGAAUAAAAUUAAGAGCCUCAAAAUCAGUUUCCAAUGGAGCAGUUAAGCCCGCCACUUCUGAUAACUUUGAUGAAGAUUUGAAGUGGGUGGAAGAAAAUAUUCCCUCUUCAUUCACGGAUGUCGCUCUUCCGGUAUUAGUGGAUUCAGAUGAGGAAAUCAUGACCAGAUCUGAAAUGGCUGAAAAAAUGUUCUCUUCAGAAAAGAUAAUGUGAUUAGAACCCAUAUAAGUGAAAUGUAGUUAAGCAUGAAGGACUAUCCUUCAUCAAGACUGAAAGUGAGCUUUGUUUUGACAUUGCAUAGCAAGUUUUUAUUGUGUUAUCUUGGAAGUCUGUGUGUCAAAAUGAAGAAUUCAGGUGGCAGGAGGGUUCUGCAGUCCUUUUAAAGUUGACUCUUGAAUGUCUAUUAAAUUGGAUUUGGAAAUAACCUAAGGAAAGUAUUAUGAUAAAGAUCUGCACAGAUGCCUCUUAGCUGACAGGUGGCAGACAUGUGGGUUUGGGUUCUCCCUCUUUUCUCUGGAACAUAUGACAAUUCCAGAUUAAAGAAAAAUGUUUUUUAAUAAACACAUUGGUCUUUUUUCUAGUCACCUUUGAGGUAGGUAUUGUGAUUCUUCUGGACUAUAGUAUAUCCGUGUCUAUAUGUCUUGGGUUUACUAGAUGCAAUAAUACUUUUCUUUGACAUUUGUACUGAUAUGAUUCGAUAUUAAGUAAAACUUGGUUAAUGUUGGAAUAUAGGCAUAUUUAUAGGUUUUUGCAACUCCCCCCCUUUUUAAAAUCUGCACAAGGCCCUUGUUUGUGAGGCUUAUGCACAUCAAAUGAUGGAGUUAGGUCGGUCUUCUCUUAGCUCAGGGGAACACAAGAGAGAUGUCUUGAGGGUCACUACCAAAGAAUUGCCCUCAUUAUCCCUCACUCAGGCCGUGUGUACGUGUGAUGCUGCUGAAUCUGCCGGGGCGGGUGGUGGCCAUAUGGCUCCCCCAGAGCACUUCCUACCCAGCAAGCUGGGAGACCCAUUACCGGUGAACUUGGUAGAAAUUAGAACUGUAUCUUUUGCAUAAUGUUGGCAUAUUACAUUUCAUAAUAAAAACAUAUUUAGUUGCAUGCUACAUCACUGUUGAUUUUAUAAUUAAUUUCUUAAACUUCAACCAUGUUUUAUACCCUAUUUUGUUACAUCAUAUAUUUGUAAUGUAUAAUAUGAAAUCGCUUGCUUUAAUGUCUUUUUUAAAAAUGUAGAAUGUUCUAAACUUGAAAGGCAAUUGAAUGUAGUAUGGUGAAAAUGUGAAUGUUUUGCUGCUUUCAUGACCAAAGAUACAGGGCUAGUGGACAUUUAGAAUAGUAAUUAAAGUUAGCGUCUUGAAUGUCUUUUCUUUGAAAGAGUUCUAACUCUGUAAAUUGAGAAUGACUUCAGAGAAUUUUGAUUAAGAAAACAUUGAAAUUUUAACCAGUACAAACACUUAAACAUAACCUCCAAUUUUUUUUACUGUGAAGCCACAAAGCAAAUUUUUUUCUUUUUCUUUCAAAAGCCUACCUUCUGUAUUUAUUUCUUGUUUACUCAUUUCAGAGAGAGUAGUAAAGAAGAUCUAUUUCUGGCAGUCAUAUCUCUUGAAAGAUAUUGGCAAAUGUGUUUUCACUCCUGACCAUGUGGAAAGUGAACAGUGUUGGCAAACAUUGCUGAGAAAGGCAUACUUUUCAAGAUGCCCUUGCUUUAGGAUAUCCUUCCUAGGGAGAAAAAA